AAUUUCAACCUAACCUACAUCGAAGAUUAUGUAUUAUAAAAAUUGUUUUUUAUAUAUACCGAAAUAUGUCUAUAUCAAUAAUUUUAACUUUUUAAACGAUAUAUAUUGUUGAAAAAAGCAACUAAUCCUAUGUCGAAACUUCAUAAACCUUUUUUAAAUUUGAAACAGUUUAUCCUAAAACAAGAAGUGAAAACGCUAUACAGAAAGAUUUUUCGUACUAUUAAACAAGUACCUGACGAAAUGUAUAGAAAAGAAUUAAGAGAAUGGACCAGAACUGAUUUUAGGAAUAACUCACAUCACACUGAUGAAGUAACCAUUAGAUCAUGCCUAACUUAUGGUGAAAGGUGUCUGAAAGAACUAGAAACAAGUUUAAAUUUAGCAAAAUAAUUUAUUAUACUUAAUGUAGUCAUUUAUUUUGUAAUAUAUGUACAAAAUUGUUUUACCCAUGAAUGUCUAAAAUGUCAAAAACUAAACAUUUUAUAUUUAUUUUAUUGUUAAUGAUUUUUUAUGGUAAAUAAACAAUGGUGCAUUAUCAU